GCGCCGCGAUGACCGCUCUGAGCCGGGGCGAGGCGGCCGAGGCGGGCAGCGACCAACAGAUGCACGGAAAGACGGCUUCUCUGAAGAGCCCCGUGUCCUGCUCAGAGAAACUAGCCAAGGUUCAGGCACCCCUGGACUCCAGUCUGCACUGGCCAGAAGGCUUGAAGGGUGAAGAGAUAAAGAAGUGUGGCCGAGAAGGGACGCUACUGAGUAAAUACAACCAACAAUACCACAAGCUGUUUAAGGACAUUCCCUUGGAGGAGGUGGUUCUCAAAGUGUGUUCCUGCGCCCUCCAGAGAGACCUCCUUCUCCAGGGCCGGCUCUACAUCUCCCCCAACUGGCUCUGCUUCCAUGCCAGCCUCUUUGGCAAGGAUAUAAAGGUGGUCAUUCCCGUGGUGUCUGUCCAAAUGAUCAAAAAACACAAGAUGGCGCGGCUUCUUCCCAAUGGCCUGGCCAUCACCACCAACACCAGCCAGAAGUACGUCUUUGUGUCACUGCUUUCCCGGGACAGUGUAUAUGACAUGCUGAGGAGGGUCUGCACACACCUCCAGCCUUCCAGCAAGAAGAGCCUGAGUGUAAGAGAAUUUCCAGAGGAACCUGAGUGCGAGUCCCUGGAAGUCCUCAUCCCUGAGAUGAAGUGGAGAAAAGUGUGCCCAGCCUCCAGGUCCCUGUCGCUCCCAGACAACAUCCCUUGUAUACCUCGGGCAUCCAUGGACUCCACGGACAGCUUCUUUCCCUCCAGGAAGCCUCCCGGGUCUGAGAAGGCCGUCUGUGAGGAGGAGAAGCUGGAGGAAGAGCCCAGGAGCGACGGGGAGCUGAGGCUCUGGGAUUACCAGCUCCUCAAGGUCAUCUUUGUGCUGAUCUGCUUCUUGGUCAUGUCCUCAUCCUAUCUGGCAUUCCGCAUCUCCCGGCUAGAACAGCAGUUAUGCUCCCUGAAUUGGGAUGGCCCAGUCCCUGGGCACAGCUCCUACAAUUUGGGGACUAAGACACGAAGCCAGAUUCCUGGAACCAGCCGAGAAAUUCUGUAUACUAAGCUUCAGCAAGCCCUUGGACAAAGAAAAGUUAGCUUGUUCCUUGGAAACAGUCUGGCACAGAGGCAGAGCACUAGGAACCACCCAAGGGACAAAGGCCACGAUUUGGUACCUGGAAUGCAGCUCUCCACGGCCACGCGGCUCGCGGCAGUAGUGGGACAGAGGCCCAGACUGUCCUGUGGUAUGGAAAGUUCAUUUUUAUCUUUCGACGACUCACAAAAGGUCCUCGUGUUAACAUAUUUGGCACUAAGGAGACUGACGGGGCCCAAGUCAUCCCCAGAAUCUCGAGUACUCUGCAAAUCUCACAGGGCUGUGGCUGAGCCGCCUCAUACUUCAGGCAUACUGGGAAGGCAAAGAGCAGCCACAGGAAACCUCCGCAGCCUCCUGCCUCUGCUGGGGGGACACCGAGAAGGCUUCCCUAUUUCUCUUGGGCAGCUCCAAAGCAACGUCCUGGGUUCAAAUGGUACUGUGCUUCUGACUCAGGAAUUCAAGUCCAGAACUCCGAGCCAGAAAAUCCCUGUGUCCUUUUCUAUGACAUCGAGCCUAGAUUAG